UGGACAAACUUUAAAUGAAGAUGAUGAAGACUCUGCCUACGUUGCCGUGGAGACAGAGACAUCUGUGUCCAACAUCUGGAGCAGCUGUUAUUUGUCCUCAGGCUCCAGGAUGUUAAACAUGGAGCAUUGCUGCCCUCAGGCUGGACUGUCAGGAUCCGGAUGUCUCUGAGGACUCAGUCAACACCAGGACGUUUUAGUGAGUCCCCCAGGCUGUCCUUCAUGUCCUUCAUGUCCUUCAUGUCCUCAGAGUCCAGUCAGUCUGAACCCGCAGACAAGUUCUCUCUCUCUCUGUCUCCGUGUCGUCAUUUCUUGUGAAGGUAUUUAAAGCGUCUCCGCCUCCUCCGCUCGGAGCUCGGCUCUGUUCCUCCGCCGAGUCCGGGUCUCCUCCUCCGGGUCCGGGUCUCCUCCUCCGGGUCUCCUCCGCCGGGUCCGGGUCCCCUCCGGUCUCCUCCGGGUCGGACCGUCCGGACCUCCCUUAGACCGGAUUGUUUACGACACUUUCAUCACUUUUACAACUAAACUCCCGCUCGUGCCCAGGAGGAUGGAGUCUCGCGGAGGGGCGCGGGGCGACUCCAGGUGAAGCGGCAGCGCGCGCGCCGCCCGGGUCACCUAAAGCAGAGCAGGUGCAGCAACGCGCGGGCGGUCAGAUGUUCUCAGAGGUCAGCGACAUCAACCUGAGCGGCAACCUGAGCCUCAGCGGCGACCUGAGCGACGACUGGAGCGACGCGCCGACGCAGCGCCUGUCGCUCGGCGGCCACCGCGUGGUGUCGGUGUUCCUGGGCUCCAUCAUGGUGCUGGGCUUCCUCAACAACCUGCUGGUUCUGGUUCUGUUCUGCCGCUUCAAGUCGCUACGGACUCCCGUCAACAUGUUGCUGCUCAACAUCAGCGUCAGCGACAUGCUCGUCUGCGCGUGCGGCACGACGCUGAGCUUCGCCUCCAGUCUGAGAACCCGCUGGCUGUACGGGCGGCACGGCUGCAUGUGGUACGGCUUCGUCAACUCCUGCUUCGGCAUCGUGUCCCUGGUCUCGCUGUCCGUCCUGUCCUACGACCGUUACAGCACCCUGAUGGUGUACAACAAGCGGUCGGCGGACUUCAGGAAGCCGCUGCUGGCGGUGGGGGGGUCGUGGCUGUAUUCUCUGCUGUGGACGGUGCCCCCCCUGCUGGGCUGGAGCAGCUAUGGCCUGGAGGGGGCGGGCACGAGCUGCUCAGUGACGUGGACCGAGAGGUCGACCCGCUCCCACUCCUACAUCAUCUGCCUGUUCGUGUUCUGCCUCGGCCUUCCCGUCCUCGUCAUGAUGUACUGCUACGGCCGCCUGCUGUACGCCGUCAAACAGGUGGGACAUAUCAGACGCUCGGCGGCACGGCGCAGAGAGAUCCACAUCCUGUUCAUGGUCGUUACCACGGUGAUGUGUUACCUGCUCUGCUGGAUGCCGUACGGCGUGGUGGCCAUGAUGGCGACCUUCGGCCGGCCCGGCCUCAUCAGCCCCGUGGCCAGCGUCGUCCCGUCCAUCCUCGCCAAGAGCAGCACCGUCAUCAACCCCCUCAUCUACAUCCUCAUGAACAAGCAGUUCUACCGCUGCUUCCUGAUCCUGUUUGGAUGUGAGCGCCCCCUGAUGGAGGGAGGCCAGACCUCCAUGCCCUCAAAGACCACCAUGGUGCAGCUGAACCGGAAGCCGGAGCUGAAGCUGGACGACGGCACGUCUGACAGAACCGACCCGGCCGAGCUUCCCGAGAUCUGCUCCUGACAACCGAUAGGGUGACAGCAUGGGGACACGCCCACUCCUAAACCCCGCCCCCUGGAAACUGCUAUACAGUAGCAUGUAGCACAGUGGUUUAUUAAAGGAUACUGGUGUGAUCUGGUCUGACUGACGCCUCCUUAUUGACUUACAGUCCUACAGUCCACAGUGUCUCUAGUCUCCAGGAGACCACAGGUGUCCUCAGGUGUCUCCAGGUGUCCACAGGUGUCCACAAGUGUCCACAGUGUCUCUAGUCUCCAGGAGUCCACAGGUGUCUCUAGUCUUUAGGAGUCUACAGGUGUCCACAGGUGUGUUUAAUCUGCAGGUGAUAGAUUGGAGGAGGUGUGGUCUGGGCAGAGAUAUACAUGGGGGCGUGGCCUUUUAUUCUAAGCAUAAAUAAAUGUGUUUAUUGUUAUUUAUUAUAUUUGUUAAAUAAACCACGAUAACGAAUUAA